AUGAGGCUGUGGCAGUGGGUACCCAUGUGGGUGUGGCUGGCUGGACUGGGGGCCAUAGAAACAGCACCCAGCCCAAAGACCGCCAAGGCUUUAACCUCAGGAACAGAGUCUCCAUUCUUCAUAGACAGAAUUGACUUCUUUGAUUACCCAGACUCAGAUCACGCCAGCAUUCUGGCUGUGGCCCAGUUUAUUGGAGAGAGACCUGUGGUCUUUGUUAACUCAGGUUCCAGCCCGGGCCUCUUCCAUCACAUCCUGGUGGGAGCCCUGGUGGUAGCCUUCCUCUUCCUCCUUUUCCAGUUCUGCACCCACAUGAGCUUCCAGAAAGGGGCCUAA